AUGAGAAAGCACCAUGGGCAACUGUGUCCAAGAAUUGAGAAAACGCUUGAAGAUUUCAAAAAGAAGAGCAUGGAGUUUGUUUGCUAUUGGAAUGGGGAAGAUCAGUUUGAGGUUGAGGGCAGCUCAGGUACAAAGUUCAGGGUGCACAUUGGGGAAAAAACUUUCUCCUACAGAAAGUGGGAGCUUAGUGGAAUUUCUUGUGCACAUGCUAUAUCAGGAAUGUACUACUUGGAUCAUAACCCAGAGGAUUAUGUGGAUGAUGCAUACAAAAAUGAAACAUAUCUGAGGGUGUAUAGCCACUUAAUGGGAACUAUAGGUGGAUCUGAUGAGUGGCCAGAGGUGGAAAACCUACCAUUGAUCCCACCGGUUGUUGGAAACCUACCUGAGAGGCCCAAAAAGUAUAAUAGAAGAAAAGGCCAAGAUGAAGCAAAAGGAAAAAAGAAAGUGGUAGAAAUUGCUACUGGUUUGAAACUGACCAAAAGAGAAGUUGUCAUGAAGUGCUCAAUCUGCAAGCAACCAAAUCACAAUUCAAGGGGCUGCCAUAAAAACCCACAAAGUAGACCCACCAACCAAGGUCUGGAUAUGCCAGCAGCUACUACCAAUGGAAAGGAAAAGGAAUCUCAGACAAAUAAACAAUCUCAGACUGAGCCCAUUAGUGGAAAAGGAAAGAAGAAUAAGGAAAAAGGUCUUGAAGGUACAAGUAGUACUGUAAAUGUGGUUGUCACUAAUGCUACAUCAAGUGCACCUAAUGGAGAAGGAAAGGCCUUUACUCCGCCAAUAGGUCAAAACCUAAGAAGCAGCAGAAAUAAUGUGAGAUUCUCCACAACCAAGCCACCUGUGACCUCAAGCCAGACUAGUGCAAAUCAAGUACCACCUAAAGAACCUCCACCAAAAAGAGUGACCAGAAGUAGUACCUUCUCCCCCAAAAAGAGCCAACAGAAGUAG